ACAACCGCUUUCCUCCCAAAGAUCCUCCUUUUACAGUUCGACGGCGAUGACCAAAGAAACCGGAACCAUCCGCCAUCGCCUGAGCCGCUUCAUCCGCGCGCCGCUUCGCCGGGCCCGCGACUACUACGUGCGCAGCAUGACCGACCUCGCCGGCCGCAUGCAUUACGGCGCGGCGGCGGUGGGGAUGAGCUACCCCUGCAUCUGCGCCACCGAGGUGCCAAGGAGCUACAACUUAAUAGGCGCGCAGAUCUCCACCGUCGAUGAAGAGCUCCGCGAUCUCAUCCGCUUCGCUUCUCGGCGGCGCCCGGAUUUCGCGGCCGGUGAAGCGCCGCGACGGAGCCGGAGCAGGGCGGAGUGGCAGAGCGAUUUUGUCGGCGAAGUAAGGGUGGGAGAGAGCUUGAUCUUGCCUAGGAGGCGGAAGUACGCCGUUGGGGCGGUGGUGCCCGUGUGAAAGAGGGAAAACAGGGGACUUUUAUCAACUUCCAUGCUUCGAGUUCAAAAGCUUCUAUGUUGUUUUCUUUUGAAGUAUUUAAAUUUCAAGUAAAUUUGGAAUGCAUUGUAAUAUUAUUCUCAGCCUUAUUAAUUCGUUCUCAUCAA